UCAGCUACAGCGGUUCAAAAAAGACGAGCGAGAGAGGGAGAUUAAUUCUAACUCAAAGAUGGACUACAGUCUAGCAGCUUUGAAGGUACUAUGCGGCCAACUGAAGGACGCUCGAGAGACUCCAUCUCAAAACGCCGUCACGUUGGGCGGCAUUCUCUUUCAACGAGCGUGGCUACAGGGCGUCAUAGUUUCGCCUCUAGACGAUGACGGCAACUUGCUUCUCGAUGAUGGUACUGGCGUCGUCCAGCUUUGCCUCUCCGCCGACUUCCGCCAACAACAAUGGAACACAGGGAUGUAUGUGAUGGUGGUGGGAGGGUAUGUUGUACGCACGGGUAAGACCCCAAUGAUUAAGGUUCACAAGAUUGUAGAUCUUUCAGCAUUCCCAGAUCGAGAAGCAAUGUGGUAUCUUGAAGUAAUGGAGGCAUACAAGCUGUUCUACCAGCCCCUUAUUGAAGACUUUAUUUGACUUCUUCAUUCACUCGUAUAUUGUUGUACACAAACUCAUCACAUUCUUGAUAGUUUUGAAUUAAUGGACAUUCCGAUUCCUAUAUUCUGGGAUAU